AUGGUGACUCCACCACCUCUGCAUCCUCGAGAGAUUGAGAGAGGUAGAAGGACGAUUGAGACAAAGAGAUUGAGAGAAUGUGAGAGACAAAGAGAGCUUCGAUGUGGUGGGGCUGAGUUUGAUUACGGUUUUGGUGUUUAUGUUCGAAACCCUAACUUGCAGCAGUGGUUUGAAUACUGUUCGAGUGAAAAGAAGUGUAGCUGUCCAGUUUGCAAGCAGAAUUGCUCGGCUCAGGAUGGCGGUCGCCUUUAUUCUCAUUCUGUUGGGGAUCAGACAGAACCGUUAGGGGAUCGGAAGCCGGGGGAUGAGGAGGAUUCGGAGUUGUUGCGUGGAGAAGUGGAGAGAUUGGAAGGAAUAUUUUUGGUUCUCAAUACGAUUUUGGAGCGUCAAGUGAAGGAAAUCAAGCAGCUCAAUGAGGAAUUAUAUCUUUGUAAAGAUGAGUUGAAGAGACAAGUUAAAUCGAUGAUUGAUUCAAUGGAACAAAAAGCAUCGAUUCUACACCUGAUUCGAUUGAAAUCUGAGGAGCUUGAUGCACUGAAGUUGGAGAGUAUUAGGCUGCAUGAUAGGAACGUGGCACUCACCAAAGAGCUUGUAGCACUCAAGCUGGUAUCAGAUGUGAAUUUGGAGGAAGACGAGGUUUUAAAGCCUGCAUCUUUUGGUAUUGAAGCCAAUAACAAAGAUACCGUGGACAUUAUAAGGAAGUCUGUGGUCAUUCUAAUAAGGUUUGGAUAUCUAACAUAAUUCAUUGCCGCACAUUGCUUUUAAGAGGAGUUACAAAGAAUUGAUGGAUAAGUGUAACGAUCUUUGAAGGGGCGAGGCUUGUUCUUGUAAAAGACUCGAGAAGGCAAAAGAUCAAUAAAUUGAAGGUAAGUCUGUGAGGGCUUGUUUGAAAAUUAUCGAAGUAAAGCUCAUUUGGAGUAUAGCUUUUGUUUUCUGGUAUGUACUGGUCUGUGGUUUGGCACAAAUGAUUGUUUUGUUGCCAUCAUCAGACAAGGGUCCAAGAACUAAAGAUUGUUGUUGAAGUAAAAGAUAAUGAAACUUUGAGGGCUUUAAAAGCGCCAAAGAAGACAAAAUGCAAAGGGAUCGUCACAGAGGGUAUUAAGGAUAAUUCUAAUGCUUUGUCCACCAGUGUUUCAUCAAUUGGUAUAAAGGAACAGCAGACCCACCUGUGGAUCUGACAGGAAGCUCGACCAAUGAUCAAGAAAUUUUCAAUUUCAUCAGCGACAAGGGUGCAAAUUCUUCCGAAGAAUAUACUAGAAUGGCAGCUCUUAAUAGACAGGGAAAUGCUUAUUAUGCCAUAGAUGAAGCUCUUUGAAUCUUUUGACAGCUGUGCAUGUAAUUUUAGACUCUGAUUCAAAACAUCAGACCAGAGAGGCCGUGACUCUACUCUUGCAAAGUCAGAAACAGUUUCUUAUAUUCAUAGUGAAGCCAAAGUGCAUAAAACAGUGAACUCAGCUGGACUGUUUGUAUAAGAACUGCAAUCAACAAUGAUAACUGCAAUACUCUUGAUUCUGCUACAGACCAGGAAGUUACUGCAUCUCAUGAUGACAUCAGAGAAGUUUGGCCCAUCCUCAACAUUAGAAAAGACUCUCUGUCACCAGCUCCUCUUUCCAGACCAGUUAAUUUACUAUCGGUGCCAUUUGAGUUUGAUGUAACUGGUUUCAAGGAGUGGCUUGAACCAAACUUUGUGGUAUAACUAACAUGUGGUGGAGAUUUUCCCUCUAUAUAAAUACUUAUUUUGGAAGAUUACUUGCUCAGAAUUUAAAGUUAGCUAUUUGAAAUGACAUAGACCUCCAUGAGAUUUAUGUUUCUCCUGUUGAUUGAUGGGUCCUGAUGUAACAAAUUGGUACUUGGGGAGAUGGUGUAAGCACAAGCAAAGCAAGGGAUCAGUGGUCAUGCAAGGUACAAGUGCAAAUAGUGGGGAUUUAAUUGCCGCUGGAUCUGAUGGGAGAGGUGGAAGAGUUAAAGUGCUGAGAUCUAUGAAUCAAUCCUCAUUGGAUGCUAAGGGAAAUAGUUUAUCUGCCAAGAAGUGCAAGUAUGAAGCUAAAACAAGCAGUUUGCAAUCCCAAGGCUCUUUGUAGGUAGAACACUUUGGAGGGCCAGUCAGUAAUCAAAGGUACAUGUGGUUAAUUUUAUCUAGUAAGUUGAACGUGGGUGGCCAUUUAUUCGAACAAAUUGAAUACUGCAUUCUCUUCUAAAUUCCUGGCUAGCCAUUGUAGGAAAGUCGUGCAUGAAGCUAUAGCAACUCACCUGGAUUCUGUGAAUCUUGAACUUGGACCAGUAAUGAAUCAUUUUUGGUUCAGCGAGAUUAAUAUAUCACCCUUAAUGGUGCAAAAAAUAUGCAUAUCCUUUAUUGUGCAGACAUGUCCUGACCAGCAGAGCACCAGAUGCGACCCCUUUUGGUGCAGAAAAGAUUAUUACAGUUAUCAUAUACAUCUGUCAAACCAGGGGCAUAUAAUGCCUCACAAAUACAUGCAUGGUUCUACCGUUGGCCUGUUGAUUUCCAAAGUUCAUGGUUUGCUGAAGUUUCUUUGGUUUCAGCCUAUUGGUUCCAUGCGUACUGUAUUAAUUAAAACCUUGAGGUAUUGCUGAAUCCUACCUAAUGUCCGGGAUACAGAAACAUAGGAAGCUUCAUUCUCGGGGAAAAAAAAUACAAGCAAGGGAAGCUUAGACUAAGAUUGUUAGUUGAAUGAAUACUAAGCAUAGACUAAGGAUUUAGCAGUUGAUUGACUAAAUUAUCUAUGUGGAAAGAGUAAAAACAAAACGUGCAUUGAUUUGCUAUUGAAUUAAUCACUGUCGUAGCUGUGGUUUGAGUACUGA